UCGCAAGACGUUUCGUCUUGUGAAACAAGCCCAUAGGGAAAUUCGUCUUGCGGAACGACUCAAAAAACGGAAAACCCUUUCGUCUAGCGAGUUUUUCGUCUUGCGAGGCAUUCGUCUUGCGGGGCACCACUGUAUUAACUGGGAAAGGAAGAACCCAGAAGUUGGUACAAUUAAGGCAAAGCGUGCCAACGUGAGUGCAUGUGUCCCACAGAGACCUUUCGUGGCACCCUUAGGGUCUGCUCUGCCAGCUAAAAUUAGGCUUGAAAAGAGCAUUCUGUUGUAGCUAAUAGAAUAGAUUGUGGUGUGAACUUGAUUGUGGUGCCCACAACUGUUUCUCCACUUUGCAAAUGUGUCCUUAAGCUCAGAAAGGUUGUUGACCCCUGAAUUAAGGUAACAAUUCUGGUGAAUAUCAGAUUCUGUUUGUUUUGUGUUUUCAUAUAAAUUCAGCGGAAUACAAGUAAAGGAAUUAGGGCAGUCACAAGUUGAUGCCUGUUGUGUGUAGCUACUAAAUAAGUAGGGCUUUAUAUGGGAGAAGACAGACAUAUAGAUACUGCACAGCCCCAAACAUGAGUUGCUUAUGCUGGCAAAAAAAAAGUAAUAUUUGUGUGCUGAGGAUGCAAUGUUAAUAAAAUAGAGAAUCGUUUUUGUGAUUUUGUAAUAAGCAAAAACAAUGUUUAGAGCAUCAGCGGAGUUAAAAUAUAUAAACUGGACUUAGCAAAAGAGGAAGCUGGGAGAGAGAAACCUAAGCCAAGAGAAUAGCAGCCAUUUGUCAUCAUACUCAUAUUCUUUUUUUAUUACUUAAAUUAUAUGGUAUCUCUAUAUUGUAUAAUGUAUUUAUAUUUCUGAAUGUAAAGACAUUUGGACCUAAUUAGGUAACCAAAAAUAGUAAAUAACUAUAGAUAUAUUGAUAUCUUAUUCUUUUAUUGUUUGUUUAAAAUAAUUAUAUACUGCUGUUCCUCAUUAACAAGACCAGGGUAGUGUACAAUAAAAGUUUUUUAAAAACCAGUAAAAUGUAACUGACAAUGUUUAUGUGAUUUGUUUUGUAGCUCUUUUCCGUGUUUACAGUUCAUUUCAGUUCAUUUGACUUUAGAUGGCCUUGGGUGCUUGUAAGAAAUUAGUACAGAAAGUUUUGACACUACUGUUAUUGUAUUGCUGGUCGUAAAUAGAGCUACACAUUGAUAAGUGCCAACUGGCAAACCCAAUUUAAGAGUCAUCUGAGGCUAAUUUGUUUGUAGCAAAAGCUUUACCGGCAACGCCCUGCUGGUAUAGGAAAGGCAAUAAGUCAGUUCCAGCCCAGUCCUGUGUGCUAAAUCUACUGUGUUUAGCGCAGUGUCCUCUCAAGUGAGAGUAAAGGAUUUCAGCCCUAAUUUCAAUGCCUUCUGCCUUUGCAUUUAUGCCAGAAGGAAGUGGACUGCCUAUCCCUGCCAAAAGUUGAAAAACUCUUCUGCUAGGCUCUACAGCAAUAUCAGUGCCCCGAAUCAGUGAGCUCUGCUUGGUGGCUUGUGCAGUGGGGUUUAAUGGGCUUUUUCUGUUGUCUGUUGCAGGGGCUGAACGCCUUCUUGAAGACUCUGCUCAAAGCACAGGAGGGGGGAGGGAAAGUGAGAAGGGGAGAUCUAGGGAGAUCAUGGAAGAGAAUGGCGAGGAUGUGACUUCCUUGGCGGCCUACAUUUCAACAGAUGGCAGUUACACAGGCCAACUUGCGGGAACAAAGAUGCGAGACGCGUGUCUCUCGUAACGUUUGUGGGAGGUGCACAUGUCUCAGCGGGGGAGUUGCCAGCGUGACCAUAGAGUGCAUUGUACAGAGCGUCCCGCCUCUCUCUAUCCGCACUCUAUCGUUAGGAGCUUCCUUGUUACACUCCCCCUCCUUCCCGCUAGUGCUCUUUUUACUGCGCCCCAGUUGAGACAGUUUCCUGCUGCCAUUUUAAAAACAAAUUCCUGCCACCGAUAUUGGCCGGGUCACCCUCGGAGCACACCAUGUUGUCUGAUACCCUUCCAGAGACGGUGCCGAUGCCGAACCACGGCACCAUGGCAGCUUCUUCGCAGGGCUCUUCGUCUGCCACGAAAUCGAGGCGCCAGCCCGUUUGGACCGAUGAGGAAACCCGGGCCUUCAUCCAGGUUUGGGGCGACGAUGCUGUGCAGAGCGCCCUGGCGUCCAACUACCGCACGGUCGCGCAGUUCCAGUGGAUCGCGGACGAAAUGCGAGCUCGGGGUUACAACCGGGACUGGGAGCAGUGCCGCGAGCGGGCCAAAGUGCUGCGGCGUGGCUUCAAAGAGAUAGUGGAUGGCAACAGCAACGCCGGCCACGGGCGCAGAGUGUGGCCGUACUACGAAGAGCUCAACCGGUUCCUCUGCAUCAAGCAAAACCUGGUCGUUCCGCGGCUUUCAGGGAGCAACGCGCGGCCACCGGUGGAUCGCCGGCGCCGGGAACACAGGGAGACUCAGGACCCUGCCUACGAACCGCCUUCCUCGGUUGGGAAAGGUGACAAAGGGACUUUUGAAGAGCCGGAUGGGGACUGCUUGCUCUUGCCAGAAUCAGCUGGGUCGCAGCACAGUGAAGCCAACAUGGAAAACCAAGUGGGGUCUCCGGCAGCCAACUCCGAUAUAUCCAUGGACGGCAGUGCCGGCCCUGGCACUCCGACAGAUCCAUUGCCAUCCAAUGACUCGAUUUCUGCGCCGAACCUGCGCCCUCGACCGCUGACGGCCGCCGAGAGGAUGCGCAACCUCCGUUGCCGGCAGAGGAAGAGGAGGGGGGACACCUUGAAGGAGCUCAUGGAAGUCACCUCGCAGGCCACCAGCGAACUUGUCCGGACACUGUCUGACCUCACGCACAAGGAGGUGGCUUCCUUUGAGCGUGCCUACAAGGAGGACCUCUCGGCCCGCAAAGACGAGAUGGAGCAGAGCGCGGAGGACAUUGGGAGGCUCGUCAGCGCCCUGGAAUCGAGCGAUCAGACGCUCAAGGAGCAGCUGAGCAGCCAGACCAGCGUGUUGCAGGGCAUCCUGGAAGUUAUGAAAGACAUACGGGGCAGAACGUCAUACAGUCCGCCCUACCCUUCUCAGUAUUACGACUUCCCGGGCCCUAGCAUGAUGCAUGCGGCGGCCACCUCCUCAAACGGCCAAGAGAUGCCCUGCCCCUCCCCUUCCAGCCUCGCAUUCGCUUCCCAGCAAUCAGCCACCAGCAACGGAGACGUCUCUCCCCGGAAGCGAAUGAAAUGAAAACUGCCGCAACCCAGAGGCCCGUCUCAUUUUAGUCUCAUUGUGGGAGCGGGGAAUCCUCCAUCCCUCCAGCUGUCCGUUCUUCUCGUUACAACAUAUAUAUUGCUUUUCUUAUUGCAUAGUUAGAAUGUGUUUUCACCACAUUUACACGUGUGUCUCCCCACAGCGCUAACGGUUGUGUGGAAACGGCUGCCAGCAAUGUACAUUUAAAUUUAUUCUUAUUGGGGGGGGGUUGGGUUCCUUUUUUUUUAGUGUACCUACAUCUGUUUCCCUUCCAUCUUGUUUCCAGAGGAAUGCAGUGUUUGAUGUACAUGUGUACAAGUUUUUUAAACAAAACCAAUAAUAAUAAUAAUUACACUUAACACAUUACCGGCUACCUGUAAGAAGGUAAUCUUUUAAAAAGAAAUAAAGAUGCACUGUUGUUCCAAA